AUACCUAUUUAAAUAUAUAUAUAUACAUAUAUAUAUUUAUAUAUAUAUAUGCAUAUCUGUCUAUACAUAUAUCUGUGUACUGAAACCUAAUAUAAUCAUUUACUAACAAGCAGGAGUGUAUUACCCGACGACAGCAACUACAACAACAAUGGUACAGCCAAAAAACUACAAGGAAAGUGGGAUAAAGCGAAACUGGAAUUACAUUUAUCAAACGAUAUGAAAGCCGUAUCUCGGUGAUCUUCUGAACUUAAACUUUAAUCCGGCAUGUGUAAAUCAUCGAUUUCCCAGGGAAAAGUUCAGGAAUCUCUAAAAAAUAUUUUUUGAUGACGUUAAAAACUGUUUAUAGCGAUGGGUUCAAUGUUAUAGACGAAGUCAAUGGCACCCAUGGAUACGGAGGUGCGUUCUACGCAUCAAACUUUGAUCAGAAUAUGCAUUUAAAGCCGGACGAUGGCGACUUAUCCACAUCAGAAUUCCUCGACGAAGGCACAAUUGUGGAAAAACUGUGCAAGAGGUUUUUCAGUGGAGAAUACUACACCUAUAUUGGAGAGAUUAUUGUUGCUGUUAAUCCCUGUCAACCAAUUAAAAUCUAUGAAGCCGAGGAUCAUGAACGCUAUAAAAACCUAUACGAGAGAAGGACCCAGAAGCCACAUAUAUAUUGGAUGGCUGAUGAGGUGUAUCGAUGUCUACGAGAGACAUCUCAGAACCAGUGUAUCAUAGUGAGCGGUGAGUCUGGUGCUGGAAAGACGGAGAGUACUAAACAUGUACUGAAUCAUCUAAUUCGGCUGGGACCGAAUAACAUCAGUGACCUCAUCAACCAACUAGACCAGGUAAACCCGCUUUUGGAACUAUUUGGAAAUGCUUCUACAGCACUCAACAAAAAUUCCAGUCGUUUCUGUAAGUUCAUCGAACUUCAAUACUCAGAUGCUGGUCAGCUGCUCAAUGGUCAGAUACAAUCAUUUAUUUUGGAGAAAUGUCGUCUCAUACACAGACAGAAAAAUGAAAAGAAUUUUCACAUAUUCUAUGCUUUAUUGGGUGGUCUUGAGCCGGAACUCAAAGAGAAAUUCUACCUGGGUGAAGCAGCUGAAUACAGGAUUGUGCAAGGUGAAGAUGAAAUGGCACCUGUAUUCGACAACAACGAAGAUUACAAUAACUACAUUCAUAAAUUUGCAUCAUUAGAAGAGGCCCUACAAAAGAUCGGAUUCGAUAAUUUGGAAGUCACUGAUAUGUACAAUGUUUUAUCGGCCGUACUUAAUUUAACUAAUAUAAACUUCGAAGUGGAUGAGGAAGCCGAGGAUGGGGAGAUCGACGUACCAAAUGAGAGUAAGCUAAUCAUAAGCAACGUUGAGAACCUUCUAACACUCCAGGAAGACGUUCUUUACGAAGCUUUGAUAAGGAAAUCCUUAUUCGUGAAAGGUCAAAAGAUUACCAAACGCAAAAGAAUAGUAGAAGCAAACGAAGGCCGAGAUGCUUUAGCUAAAGAACUCUACUCCCUCCUCUUCACCUGUGUCAUUGAUCAAAUCAACAGCAAAUUGAAGGAGAGUGUAUCCCCUGAGGCCUGUAUACAAACUAGUCGUAAGUCUCCUUCAAUUAGUCUCUUGGACAUAUCUGGCUUUGAAAAGCUUUCUGUGAACGGGUUUGAACAGUUGCUGAUUAACACAGCCAACGAAGUGCUUCACCAAAUCUUUCUGACGAAUGUCAUCAGGCGGGAACAAGAAGAGUACGAAAAGGAAGGAAUUCACUGGAAAGAUAUACAGUUCCACGAUAACAAAGACGUCAUAGAUUUGAUUUUAAAGAGUGGAGGGAAUAAGGGUGUAAGCAUCUUCUCCAUCCUUGAAGACCAAGCCAGUUUACAGAAGAUUUCGGAUGAAGGUUUGGUGCAGAAAUUAAACGAAAAUUGCUCACAGAACAACCGAUAUAUUCGCAGAAAUGAAACUGAAAUAUCAUUUGGUAUCAUCCAUUAUGCAGAUCAGGUCAUCUACAAUGCCAGUGGUUUAGUGGAGAAGACAAAAGAUACUUUAUCCAAAUCGCUAAGAUCAGUGAUUUGCUACAGUGGAAACCCACUUUUAAGACGAUGUUGCCCAUUAUUUGAAUUUUUCAUUAUAUCUCAGAUAUCGAAUUUGAAAUCUUUUCAAAAAUCUCUUAGACAACUUCAAACCAAAUUAAAUCAAUCGAAGCUUUUGUUUGUCAGAUGUCUGAAGCCGAACACCCACUUAAAACCGAACAAGUUCGAUCAUCGAUGCAUGCAACAACAGUUGAGGGCCAGUGGGUUGACCGAAGCUGCAAAUAUUCGAAAAGAUGGCUAUCCUAUAAGACUGCCAUUUGCGAAAUUUUCUAAAAGGUACGGUCAUUUGCUCAAAUAUGACUUGCAAGAUCAACUAAUUGAACCGCAGAAGAAAUGUGAGAUGAUCAUCAAUGAAGUGAAAUUACAGAACUGCGGCAUUGGCAAGACCAAAGUAAUGCUGAAAUAUCAGGACAAAGAUAUUCUUGAAAAUCGUCUCAAAGAACAUGAGGAUCGUAAUUUUGGAACAAAUGUCUCAAAUAUCGCAGCUUCCACGAGAUCGUCGUUUUCUAGCAAUGGACCUAUACAAGACAACAGAGUAAACCUCUUAAAACACAAACUCGGUGUCAAACUAAGCACUGAACAGUCGAAAGACAUCAACAUAAGUAAAACGCCUGAAAGAAACGUAAUGGACGACGAAUCUUUCAGCAAAGAUGAGGGAGGCGUACCAAGUUAUGACUUCUUCCGAGAAACCGAACGUGAGAUCGACAACGAGAUUGAUUUCUUCAACAAACUUUUGAAGCUUCUCCGAAUCCUCUUCUAUUUAUUCACCAUCUCUGGAAUUCUAGUCACGGGAGUUGUCAACAGGAUUUCUUUACAGCUAAUGGCCACUGCUAAACCUCCUCACUCGAAAUCAGCCCACAGCAAAUUGGUUAUAUCCCUGGUGGUGCCAACAGUAAUAUUUUGGAUUCUCACUUUGGUUAGGUCCGUCUUCAGGAAAACAGAAUGGCCGUCGAAGAAACUUCUCUUCAGUGUGUUUCUGUUUGAAUGUGUACAAAUAACAGGCAAAGCAUUGUUCCUCUUCCGUAUUAUUCCAACCCUAGGAUUGUUUCGAUCUUCUGUGUUGAUUCUUGGAACUGGACAGGUCCCUGCAGUAAUGUUACUUCUAGAGCAGAUCUUCGGAGCGAAAUUUCAAAAGCUUUCCACGCGGUUCUUGGGCCUGAUUUUCUACUCACUUGCUUGCUGCAUCCAAAUAGGUGUCAUACCAGUUUUCUACAUUACCGAUUUCUUUACUUGGACAACCGAUCGAGACGAGAAGAUAUCGGAAACGGAAAACUGGAUUGUACCAAUUGCUGUUGUGUUGACGUCGUUCACAUGGUGGGAGAACUACGCCUUCUUUGACAUUCAGUGCUGUAGAUUGUCGAUUCCAUUAAAAAGGCUACGGAAUCGAAUCGAGAAGACAAGGGAAGCAACUGAUAUCAUCACGGUACCACUGAAAAUGGUGCUUUUCUUUUGUUUAUCUUUAGCUCUUUCCCACCAAGACAUACGGAGUUUUCUACAAGACUGGAAAGAUUCUUUAAGCACGGAUUACAUGCUUGUCCAUUUACAGGGUUAUGGUGUAAUGUAUGUGCAUAUCGUGUCAGGGCUUAUAUGUUGCUAUCUGGCCGGUAUGGCUUGUAAACUUCACAUGCAGAAAAUCGGAUUUUCUUUGCCGUUAAUUCUCGUCACUCCUGUGUCGGUUGGUCUCAACAUAGCUCAAUGUACCAAAAAGAUUGUUCCAGAUAAUUUGGUCACUGAAAAAUGGGCUUGUUUUAAAAUGGAAAUCCCUGGAGAGAUACUCACACCGAUUCUUAUGAUGGGUCUUCUGUUUGUCUCUAUUAUAAUCAUCACAAACCACAUCUGGAUGCCGAGUUCCGAAAGAAUGUCACAAGUAAAGAAAUUAUUUGUAUUACCACACUAUGAACCAAUAUUCCCCGAUAUGGGAUUGCUGCUACGACGCCGACAAGACGUAAAAGAGAAGUCGUUCCGAAUCAAGAAGGAAGGUCUUGAUGAGAACAACAUGCGACCAAAGAUCCUUAUCUGCGCCACAACGUGGCACGAAACACGCCAAGAAAUGCUACAGUUACAAAAAUCUCUAUUCAGGCUUGACUUGGAACAGGUCACGAAAAAACUGGCCCAAAGUUACGUCACCAGUUACAUUGAUGUCAACAGCUACGAACUCGAAAUUCAUGUCAUAUUUGACGAUGCCUGGGAAACGGACAGCAACCACAAUCGAGUGCCUAAUGGCUAUGUCAGAGAAUUUGUAGAUCUAAUUCCAGAAGCCGCUGAGUCAGUUGCUAAAGGUUUUAUCCGUCUGAAUGAUUUCAAAAAAGUGUCGACACCUUACGGGGGCAGAUUGGAACUUGUAAUGCCAGGUGAUACCCAAAUGAUUAUUCAUCUAAAGGAUAAAGAUAAAAUCAGACACAAAAAGAGAUGGUCACAGGUGAUGUAUAUGUAUUAUCUAUUGGGCUUUAAAAUGUUUGGUGAUCGAGGAACAGACAAUGAAAUCUGUGUGAGUACUGAAGUUACUGGCCUGAAAAAACGUAAAACUAAAAGCCAUUCCAAUGCAUCCAUCCUGAACCACCUCUCCGAUGACGAUUUCAAAAGGAUUGAAAAAACUUUUAUUUUGACAUUGGAUGGUGAUGUGGAUUUUAAACCCAAUUCUGUCAAACUUCUUAUUGAUCGAAUGUUGAAGAAUUCUAAAGUCGGCGCCGUCUGUGGAAGAAUUCAUCCAGUUGGGUCAGGCCCCAUGGUAUGGUAUCAACAGUUUGAGUACGCUAUAGGCCAUUGGCUGCAAAAGGCUGCAGAACAUGUCUUUGGUUGCGUUCUUUGCUGCCCAGGUUGUUUCUCUUUGUUCCGUGCCUCCGCUAUAAUGGACGAUAAUGUCAUCAGAGCAUACACUCGGAAACCUGUGAAAGCGCGUGACUUCAUCCAGUAUGAACAAGGUGAAGAUCGUUGGUUGUGUACCCUUUUACUACAGCAGGGAUAUAAAAUCGACUAUUGCGCCGGAGCUGAUGCAUUUACAUUCGCACCAGAGAGCUUUCAUGAUUUCUUCAUCCAAAGGCGUCGAUGGGCGCCCUCUACAAUCGCCAAUAUCAUGGACCUUCUAUCAACAUGGAGGGUUACAGUUAGCUUAAACGAUAACAUCAGUGCUUUGUUCAUAUUAUAUCAAUUUAUCUUAAUGACGUCCAGUAUAUUAGCUCCGGCGACUGUGAUUUUGAUGAUUGCUGGCUCCUACAGUGCAGUUCUGAAACUGAGCAUGUGGAAGUCAUUUGCCCUUUCACUUGUGCCCGUUAUUAUCUUCAUCGUCGUUUGUUUAAAGGCUAAAACCAGCACUCAGAUAACGUUUGCCGCUUUCAUGACCAGCGUUUACACUGUAGUCAUGGUCGUUGUAACCGUCGGAACUCUUGUCAACAUUCUUGAUGAGGAUUUGAUUUCACCUAAUGUUGUCUUCCUCGCUGGUCUUGCUAUAAUAUUUUCCGUUUGUGGCCUUUUACAUCCUCGAGAAAUCGUUUGUCUUAUACAUGGUAUUUUAUAUUUUCUCACUGUGCCAUCGUCGUUUAUUUUCCUCACAGUCUAUUUUCUCUGCAAUUUAAAUAAUGUGUCGUGGGGUACUCGAGAAAAUCCGAAAGUUUCCGAUGAGGAAUCUGUGAAAAAGGUGAAUGACGACAAAAAGAAAACGAUUUUCAGUCUCUUUAAUUUGAACAGCUUAAGACCAAUCAUUGAAGACUUCAAGAAAUUUAUUUACGAUAUUCUUGGUAAGAAACCCGGUGAGAGUGCGGAAACGCGAGGUUUUGAUCCUGUAACCGAUGUAGAAAACCAAAAGCCGACCACACAGUUACAGUCAAUCCAGGCCGGAGUAAAAGUAAUACGGACUAAAAUCCCUGAUGACUUACAUUUAAAAGUAGACCCUUUCUACUGGAGGAAGUUAGCGUAUCUAGGCAACGGAGAAGAAUGCUGCGUGAACGACGAUGAAGUGAAAUUCUGGAAUUAUAUACUUCGGAAAUAUCUGUAUCCUUUAAAAGAGGACAAAGACGAGAAAGAAAGGAUCAAAAGAGAUUUAGACACGACUCGAAACAAUGUCGUGUUUGGUUAUUUCCUGCUCAAUCUCUUGUGGAGUGUUGCUGUUAUGCAGUUACAAACCAUGAAACAUGAACUGUUACCGUUCUUUAUAUUGAAAAAAUACGAACCAAUAUCUGUGAUAUUUCUGACAGUUUUUGGCCUCGUGCUCACUUUUCAAUUUGUUGGAAUGUGCAUGCAUCGUUGGGGAACCUUUUUGCAUCUCAUGUCCACCACGCACAUCUUGUCAAACGAGGUGGAGAAAAAUCGUAUGAUAGAAAAUGUAAUCCGAAGCAUGGCAUCGGCCUCAAGAGAUAUAGACAUCCAACCAGAUUACUCCAGUGAUGAGGAAGACUCUGUAUACGAAGGCCAGCUUCCUGAAGAGGAUUAUCCAAUUGACGAUUCUAUGGAAGAAGAACCACCGAAGAGUGUUUACGAAAGAAUAUAUCAUGACAGAUGGAAAACUAUACGUAGGGAUUUUAAUAAGCGUGUUCCAAAGAAUCGUAGGGGUUUUUACAAAGAUACAUUCCUUCCGAGUGACAACCACGGAUAUACAAACCAGGUCUUCAAUAACGUCUGAAAUAACAUGGAAGUUAUUGUUUGUAAUCUUUGUCUAUCUAUGUUAUGUUCUUGCGUACGAUUGCUACUAUUCCAAUUAUGAUGGAAAACAUUUAAAAAAAAAACAAAGAAAAAUCAAUAUUAUUCAUUAUCAGCACCAAUUUGAGACAAGAAAGAAAAAAAGACGAGCCCACUGGCGUGAAUCGAAGUGUGUAAUUGAUCGCUAGCCGAUUGAAUUUGUUUUCGAUUAGACUACAGAAGGCCUGUUAGGAUCUCUGUCUCAAAUGAACUCCAUACUUUUUUUUUUGCAGGUUUACCUUAUUUAUUUAUGAUAUAUGUAAAUGUAUAAGUAUAUAUAUAUAUUUAUAUAUAUAUACACAUACAUAUA